AUGCACCAACUUUGCCGUGUGUUUAGACGAGAUUCGGUCGACUGGUAUUGGGAUAUGCUCAUCUGUCGGUUUCAGACUCGCCUGUUGACUCUCCCGCCCGAAUACACGUCCUGCAAUGGACUGUGUGAUUCCCACCAGCGUCCGUUUGCGGCAUCUGCCGUCGGCACAGCCCAGUUGACAGCCACGCCUCCACCUCGUUUUGCCGUCGCCGCGGUUACACACGAACGAGUAAACGUCUACUUGUCUUAUGCACUGGUG